GGAGUAGGUGGGUUCACACAGAGCCAAGAUGGCCGACUUUGAGGAGCCGCUGUCAGAUGAAGAGAAGGUCCGCAUAGCAGCCAAUUUUGUGACUCAUGCUCCUCCAGGAGAAUUUAACGAGGUCUUCAAUGAUGUGCGGCUUCUUCUUAACAAUGACAACCUUCUUAGAGAGGGGGCUUCUCACUCAUUUGCCCAGUACAACAUGGAUCAGUUUACUCCUGCCAAACUGGAGGGAUAUGACGAACCGGUUCUGAUCACAGAGCAUGGUGACUUGGGUCAGGGCCGUUUCCUGGAUCCCCGUAACCAGUUAUCAUUCCAGUUUGACCACUUAAGAAAAGAGGUUAGCGAAGUGCAGCCUUAUGAAGGAGACUGGACUCUUAGAAGCUGGAGAGAUGCCUGUGAUACUGCCCUCAGUGCCUACGUCAAAGAGCAUUACCCUACAGGAGUCUGUACGGUUUAUGAGAAGACUGUUGAUGGUCAGCAGACAAUUAUAGCCUGCAUUGAGGGCCAUCAGUUUCAACCCAAAAACUUCUGGAAUGGCCGCUGCAGGUCAGAGUGGAAGCUCACCCUUGGUCAGUCCACUGCUCAUGUGGUUGGAGUAUUGAAAAUUCAGGUGCACUAUUACGAAGAUGGGAAUGUGCAGCUGGUUAGCCAUAAGGAGAUCGAAGAUUCAGUUCCUGUGACUAAUGAAGUCCAGACAGCCAAGGAAUUUGUUGACAUUAUCGAGAACGCAGAAAAUGAAUACCAGACUGCGAUCAAUGAGAACUACCAGACCAUGUCUGAUACGACCUUCAAGGCUCUGCGUCGCCAGCUGCCUGUCACACGCACCAAGAUCGACUGGAAUAAGAUCCUUAGUUACAAAAUUGGCAAAGAGAUGCAGAAUGCAUAGGGGCGGGUCAGGGACCAAUCAGGAUGAUGCACACUCUCAUGGGCCUGCAACCCAUCUAUAAACGCUCAUGGACUAACCAAAGCAUAAAUAUAUCGAUAUGAGUCAAGGAAAUAAUAGAAAUUUAAAAAAGUAACACAUGGUGUGAAAAUUGUUAGGGACAGAUGUGUUUGUUUGCUGAAUGAAAAGUGAAGUUAUUAAAAAACGAAUGGUUUGGAGAUAGGUGUUACUUUUGGAUGUGUGCGCUGUGUUGAGACAGUGUGCAGGGCUGUGUUCAGGACUGCUUCAUUUGGGGUUCAAAGAAAAACCUUCCACUGUUUAAGGAGUCGCAGAACUCUGUUGAGAAGUUUCAGUCUUUUUAUCUUGGUAACACUGAUGUGGAGGUGUGAACACGUCUCUGCUCAAAGCAGCUGAUGAGAGAAAUCAAGCACACGAUCACAGUUGUUUUUCUCUGUGCUCAUUGUAGUUGCCCUCUAUUCCAGUUCUCUAGAAAAAAAAACUGGAUAUCAAGUAGUAAAACCACAAUAUAAGGAAAUAUGUUGUAGUUACAUUUUGAUUAAUAACAAAACAUAUUGCUUCACUAAAGAGGAACUAACGGAGACGAUUCAAGAGCAGCACAAUCCUUGACACGGCCCUGGCGUGAAGAUGCUCCUGCAUCGCUGUGUUUGUUCAUAUCUGUUGGGUCUGAGGGAGAGUUGAUUUGGUUUUCUGCUGUUCUCCACUAAUGUCUUUCCGUUCAUGCAAGUUGUGAUGAUAAAAAAAAAAAAAAAGCUAAAGCCACCUCUGAGCUGCUGCAUCCACAAUCUGUUCUGUUCUCUUUGGCAACACCUUCAUCUCUGUACAGAUUUCCUUUGCAUAAAAGGAAAACAUUUUCAUAUAAAUCCCAAUUUAUUUGCCAAAAUCUCUUUCCUAUGGUAAAGAACUCCAUCCUCCUGCUCACGUGUGUAAAUUCCUAAUUUAAUAUGCUUCUUUUUGUUGGAGUCUUAGACUUUUGCACUCAUAACUGUAGCAAACCGUAAUAAUCAUUGCCAAGAGGAUGCAAAGCAGCUGCCAUAUGGUAAGAUCAUUUACUGUAAAUGUAACGUUACUCCUGUCAGGCCACGUCUUACUGUAUUACAUGACUUCUGAGUAGGCUGACCUCGGAUCAGAUAGCUGUGCUGUGUUCAACCCUUGCAGUGUACGACAGCGGUGUGUCGAUCAUUGGACAAUUUCAACACU